AUGACGCGCGUCAUGUCACAACUGUGGUUCCGCUGUGACGAGACGAGGCCAACUUGUUCGGCAUGCUCAAAAUUCAGUAUACCAUGCUCGUUCUCGGCCCCUUGUACAGCAGCGACGUGUGAUUCCGCCGGUAAUCACGUGUCUCAUACUGUCCAAAUUCGCCCUCGCGGCAGAGGUCGACCAAGAAAAGACUGGCUGCAGCUGCCACCUGAUCCUCGGGUCCCGGACAGCAGGCCAACAUACAGAGACGACUCACCAUUGAACUUGGGCGAAGCAGAGUUGCUACUGCACUUUACUCAGGUCACAGCCCAGUCCCUCGCUGGGGAUACCGACCCCAAGGACCAAAUGGUACAAUUCUGGGCUCGCAAUGUCCCACGAAUCGGACUUUCGAAUCCCUUUGUGCUCAACUUGAUGUAUGCAACUGCCGCUUAUCAUCUAGCUGAAUUAAGUUGCAACUUGGACAAAAAACGCCAUUACAAGAGCAUGGCAGAGAGCCACUGGACCAAAGGGACCGCUGUUCUUAGUACGGUCAUGGGCAUUUUGGACGAUAGCAACUGCGGCGCGGCAUAUAUCGGGGCCACUCUAUUAUGCUAUUGCAGUUUCGCAGCUGGGCCGUCCGGUCCGGGAGAUCUGCUAGUUUGCGAUAUUGACGGGAAGAACAGAUGGCGCAAUUUGGUCAGCGGAGUGAGACUGAUCAGAGAAUCAUUCCCUGAGGAUAUUCUGUUCGCGGGUCUAAUGAAGCCGUUAGGACACUCAGAACCAAGGGAAACGAAGCGAGGAGCUACCGCGGCCUGCGCAGCGCGUGGUCUCCCUCGAAUAAGUUGGCAUGAUGCAAUGGCAUCAAUGAGAAAACUUGCUGAACGUCAAGACGGUCCAUAUGCGCUGGUUUGCGUACAGUCACUAGAUGAAUUGGCAUUAAUAUAUGAAGGUGUGUAUGGAGACGAGUCUGGAGAACGCAAUGUUUCCGAAGAUCGUCAAUUCGUGUUGAGUUGGCUGUAUAGGCUGGACUCAGAUUUUGUUGAGGCCGUGCGUUGCCAGGAUACAGUUUCGCUACUUGUUCUAGCGUAUUUCGCAGUUUUGCUAGCGACAAUGGAAGGAGAAUGGUGGUUGAGGGGUUGGGCACAGCAUCUAAUCACGAGCAUCAACGACAUUGUUGGCCCGACGGCGAUACAAUGGCCGAGAAACCAAGUUCUCAGACAACUGCAUUUGACACAGCCCGAGUUCGUGCCCUGA